AUGAGAGAUCCCUUAAAUGCUGUUGGUUUUUCAGACCCAAUAGCAGUGUGCACAACUUCCUCUCCAGUGGAUAACCCUGCUGACGCUGCUGAUGGAAAAUCUAAAGAGAACAGCAACUCUGCUGAACAAACAGUCACAGAAACUUUAGGAUUAGACAUCGAUUCUGCUGAGAGUAAAAGUGAAGAAGGGACGCACGUGGACAAAACUGUUAAGACUGAGACUGAAAACCAAGCCAGCAAAACACAAGGCACAGAGAACACGAGCAGCCAGGAGAUAUACAGACCUUGGAAUACCAUGACAGACCAAGAGAGGAAGAGGAGGAUGGACACUGAGAAAGCAAAAAAGAAAUACAGUGUGAAUCAAAUCACCAAGACUAAAGAAGUUAAAAUGGACACUUACUUACCUGAUCAACCCCAGGAUAAAGAGAGCAAGAGAAAACAUAAGACAGACAUAGUGAGAGAUAGCAGUGACUCGGUUCAAUUGAGUGAUGGGCAGAAUUUUAUUGAUCAGAGUCAGGAGUGUGUGGAGGUAUCCAGCUGGAUGACGGGAUAUCCAGAUGUGGAAAACAAUAGUGAAGGUGGUGCAGGUGUAGAUCCACAGAGUGAAGAGGGAAUCACAAAUUAUGAGCGCCGGCCUAGGAAACUGUGUGUUGCUAAAAAGAGACUGGGGACCCCAAGAGUUCAGAAAGAGCAGCUGGACAAAGAUAGUGAAGAAACUGUGAAUAGUGAGCCUGUAGACAGAGAUAACAGCAGUGAGAAGAUUCCAGCUCGAUUCAUCUAA